AUGAGGCAUUUGUGCGAUGAAAAUUCGACGAGGAGCUCCCCAGCAGGGGGCUCACUAGAAGGCUGCGUGCCCACGGAAACUAUCUUUAAGGGCCUGGGCUGCGUCCGCCGCUUUUCCCCCUUUAUGGAUUUGCCAGUAUAUGCAAGGCCUCAGCUGAUAGGGGUUUUUAUAGAUGAGGAAGAAGCAGCCGAAGCAGCAUUUGCUGCCGCUUCUCCGGUGUCUUCAGCAGCGGCUACAGCCGCUGCACUCGCGCGGGCCGUGUUAGGUAGAAUACUGCAGCACUGGGUCCCUCGAGAAUGGGGAGACCCAAGAUCGAGGAGAAAAUCGAUGCUACCAGGAUCUGGAGGCAUAGUGGUUUGCAGCAGCAGAUUGUUGCUCCGCUGCAGUGUGCUUACAGGCGUGUGCAGCAGCAUCAAACCGCUGCCUGCAGCAGCUUGCUGUUGCUGCUUUGCCUCAAGGACAUCCAAGGGACCGCUCUUAGUGGUUGGAUGCGUAGAUGGGAACCUUCGAGUUUACUCGGGGAAAACACUGCAGCUGCUUGUAACACUAGAUUCAACGGCCGCUGCUGUUUCUACUGCUACAGGUGGAGGUGCAGUUGCUGGUUCAUCGCGGCAACGGACUCUACAUAACGGAUGCUCCGCUAGAUCAGUGGCAGAAACGCGAGAACUAGAAAGUCGAGAGGCAACGAGACCAGCUCUAGGCAAAGCACCAGCUGGGACUCCUCAGGAAGGCGUGGAAAUUCAGCUUCAGCAGACGCCCACGUGUGUGUUGCUUGUGGGUAAUAACGCUGUGCUCGCUGGACUCGGAGGAGGCCUCACAGUUGCUUUCUUUCUUGAGAACUGCCGUCGUGCUGCAGUCUAUCAGCCCCCAGCAUCCAUCCUAAAUUUCCUGCAGGAGCAGGAGCAACAAAAGCAACACCAGUUUUCCCUGCACUCAGCAGACGUGGCGGCACUGCAGCAGUUGCAGCUGGAUUAUUGCCGAGAGCUUGCCGCUCGCAAGUGGCGCGGAGGGACUGACAUGCCGCAGCUCCAACGAAGUAAAGACAGUGACAGCAGCAGUGGUAUACGCUGUUUGCUGCACGAAUGCCAGACGCAGCUUCCAGUUUGCUGCCUCUACGCCGCAGCAGCAGAGCGACUUGUGGUUGUAGCUGUGCACCCGGAGGCUUGGAAGAGCACACAACUGGACAGCAACAAUCACAGCCGGAAUAGUGGGAAUAGUAGUACACUGCAAAGACGCUGGCGAAGCUCGGCACAGGCUGCCUACCUGAGAGCACCUCCUCCAGUAGUUGCUGCUGCUGCUGAGAAUUGGAGCACGUGUUGCAGUGAUAAUUCGGUCGCAGGUGGCUUGGCCAGUGUACGCGUAACAGGCGGAACUGCAUCAGUCCCAACAGCAACCAAGACUUCUGAUGCUGCUCCUUCUUUCCCGCUGCUAGUUUACCAGCAGCAGACAGGUACAUGCGUGGGGGCGCUGUGGGGAGCUAGCUCUCGAACGCUUGCCGUCGCGCUGGGGAACCUUCCUGUCCAAUCGAAAAAGUUGCAGAGGCAACAAGAAUACAUGUGUUAUCUUGCGGUUACUACAACACAUGUCAUUUUUUGGCAGCAACAGUGGCGCACUUGCAGCGGGCGAAAACUGCAGCAGCGCCCCUACCCUCAACGGCCAUCCUCUGCUUUACCGCAGGAACAUCAGAAUAACGGAGUACCGUCGCUGUCUUCCUCUGGAGCCGAUGAAGUUAGAAUGACAGCAAUGGCGGCAGCAGUAGACCAGCUGGAGCAGCAGCAGCGGCUUCACGAGAAGAGGAGAGGGGACGCAAUCGUCUGCCCUUCUUUCCUUUGCGGGUCAAAAACAUUGAUGUGCCAGCUCGCUACUGCAGCGGCAGCUGUAUCAGAGCUGGCAGCUGCAACCAGACAGACCGAAAGCCCAAAGCAUGCUUCAGCAGGAGGCUUCCAAAUAUCCGCUGGAGAAGCACUUCAGGCAGCGGAAGGAGGGUGUGUCGGUGACAUGUGGUUAUCCCUCUCUUCCAUUUUCUGCCUUCCCGACAUCUUGAUGGAGCCGCUGCAAAAGCAGCAGCAACGGCAACAGCAUCAGCAGGAUUAUGCGUACACGCUGGCUGACGCAGUUGUUGACUGGGGUUCUCGACUGAUUGUGCUGCUACCGUCCUCGAGCAGCCGUUGCUGUUUGCUAUCAUGGAGCUUGGAGGAGGAUGGAUUCAUGCUGUUGCCCCUUCGCUGGGUGCAGGUGAAUACUCGUGAUACCCUUGCUUCUCCCCCUCUUGUAAUUCCUGACUUCUCUGCUGUAAUAGCAGCUGCUUUCGCAGAGGACUUGCUAAUGCUGAUAUAUGUGCAGGUUGCGGCAACGGAUAGGAGCCUUCAAAAACCCAUCCUACAUCGCCUUUGGUAUAGCAGAGGACUGCUGGCUACGUCCGCAGCAGACGGGUUUGUCCGUUUACUGUUCCGUCCCGACCUCAGCACACAACAGCGAGAAGAGACGACUGUGCAAGACCACGGCUAA